CAACUGAGAACGAAGCUGCGGAAGGGAAAACACACUGAACGACAGUGAGUGACCGUAACCCUAGCGACACUCACCUCCUCUGCUACUUCUGAUCAUCUCCGUCGUAAAGCCGCUGCAGUAGGUCCACUUGCAAUGGCAUCUAUGAUGCAACCUCAAAUCAUAUUGCUUAAAGAAGGUACGGACACGUCGCAAGGGAAACCGCAGUUGGUGAGCAACAUCAAUGCGUGCAUGGCGGUUGCUGAUGUCGUUCGUACCACCCUAGGUCCGAGGGGUAUGGAUAAGUUGAUACAUGAUGACAAGGGUAACACGACUAUUUCUAACGAUGGUGCCACCAUAAUGAAACUUCUUGACAUUGUUCAUCCUGCUUCUAAGAUCCUUGUUGAUAUCGCCAAGUCACAGGAUUCCGAGGUUGGUGAUGGAACAACUACUGUGGUUCUUCUUGCUGGCGAGUUCUUGAGAGAAGCCAAGCCAUUUGUUGAUGAUGGUGUUCAUCCUCAAAAUCUUAUACGAAGUUAUAGGGCUGCUUCCUAUUUGGCGAUUGAGAAGAUCAAAGAAUUAGCUGUUAGCAUAGAGGGAAAGAGUUUGGAAGAAAAGAAAAGCUUAUUGGCAAACUGUGCUGCUACGACGCUCUCUUCAAAACUCAUAGGAGGAGAGAAGGAGUUUUUUGCAACAAUGGUAGUUGAUGCUGUACUUGCGAUUGAAAGUGAUGACAGAUUAAAUAUGAUCGGAAUAAAAAAGGUGCCUGGAGGUACAAUGCGGGAUUCCUUCCUUGUAAAUGGUGUUGCCUUUAAGAAGACGUUUUCAUAUGCGGGCUUUGAACAACAACCUAAGAAGUUUCUAAAUCCAAAGAUACUCUUACUGAACAUUGAGCUGGAACUAAAAUCAGAAAAGGAAAAUGCUGAGAUUAGACUUUCAGAUCCAUUGCAAUAUCAGUCAAUAGUGGAUGCAGAAUGGAAUAUCAUAUAUGACAAAUUGGACAAGUGUGUGAAGAGUGGUGCAAAAAUAGUUUUGUCGCGUCUUGCUAUUGGUGAUCUCGCAACUCAGUAUUUUGCAGACUGUGAUAUCUUUUGUGCUGGCCGUGUUGCUGAAGAUGAUCUGCAUCGUGUUGCAGCUGCAACUGGUGGUACUGUACAGACUUCUGUCAACAAUGUUAUAGAUGAGGUUCUCGGGUCGUGUGAGGUUUUUGAAGAGAAGCAAGUUGGAAAUGAGCGGUUUAACAUAUUUAAUGGAUGUCCUUCAGGCCAGACGGCCACUAUUGUUCUACGAGGUGGAGCUGAUCAGUUUAUUGAGGAAGCAGAGCGGAGUUUACAUGAUGCAAUCAUGAUUGUGAGGAGGGCCAUGAAAAAUUCCACCGUCGUUGCUGGUGGUGGUGCUAUCGAUAUGGAGAUAAGCCGGUACCUAAGGCAACAUGCACGGACGAUAGCUGGAAAAUCACAGCUAUUUAUAAACUCUUUUGCAAAAGCACUUGAGGUUAUUCCACGGCAACUUUGUGAUAAUGCAGGAUUCGAUGCAACAGACGUACUUAACAAACUGAGGCAGAAACAUGCACUUGCUGAUGGUGAAGGUGCUCUUUAUGGUGUGGAUAUAAAUACAGGUGGGAUCGCUGAUUCCUUUGCAAACUUUGUUUGGGAGCCAGCAGUUGUAAAGAUCAAUGCUAUAAAUGCUGCAACUGAGGCAGCAUGCCUCAUCUUAAGCGUUGAUGAGACGGUGAAGAACCCAAAGUCAGAGAGUGCACAGGGAGAAGCUGCUGCAGGAAUGGGCAGAGGGCGUGGUGGUGGACGUGGACGAGGAAUGCGGAGGCGUUAGAAGUUUGUGAGUUUUACCUUUCGAAAAAAUCAACCAAAUUUUAUUAGAACGAUACUUUAUCCUGAUAGAACCCAUAGCUUUUCGGGUUAAGUCUUUGUCAUGAACAUUGACAAUCCGCUUUUUCCUAGCCUAUCUGCCCGCCAUUUUGUAUGAAACCAUCUUGUAGUCUAGGUCCUUAAGUUUAGGAGAGAAUUUUCCCUUUCUUUCGUGUAGUUUGAUUUUAGGAUUUCAGAUGCCAUACGUGAUUGUAAAACAUGGGUCAUUGCAAGUUCAUUUCAGGUCUGAAAACCAAGGCCAAAACAAAA